UAGUGUCCACUUCCACAAGUUGCGGAGAGGAACACGGACAGAGGACCACACACGCCUGGUAGAAACAUCAUUACAUCGGACUUUGAGACGAAGUUGAUGUUCCAUUCGGGAGACCUACCCUCAACAUGAGGGCAGCAAAUCCAGGAUAUUGAACAUAAUAUAAAAGUUCAAUAUCCAUUUUUGGAGAGUUUUUCCAGCAGCGUCAAGUACUUUUUACGGCCAUUCAUUGUCUGCUAUGGCACCAAUUUUGGACCGAAGUGCUCCAGCUUUACUUUUAAUUUGGAGUUACUGCGUCGUAGCCGAUACGUCUUUUACUAACGUUUCCAUUGACAACGAGUUCCACUCCAGCUUCAUCUACCGCCGGUUGAGGAGCCAGGAGCGCAGGGAGAUGCAGCGGGAGAUCCUCUCCAUCUUGGGGCUGCCGCACCGGCCGCGACCGCACCUCCACAGCAAGCACAACUCCGCUCCUAUGUUCAUGUUGGACCUGUACAACGCCAUGUCCACGGAAGGGGACGAAGAUAGAUACUCUUAUCCUUAUAAGCCAGUCUUCACCACGCAGGGUCCCCCCAUCGCCAGUUUACAAGACAACAAUUUCCUGAAUGAUGCAGACAUGGUCAUGAGCUUUGUCAAUCUAGUAGAGCAUGACACAGAAUUCCUGCCAGUGAGACGGCAUCAUCGAGAAUUCCGAUUCGAUCUAUCCCAGAUUCCCGAAGGCGAGGCGGUCACUGCUGCUGAGUUUCGCAUUUAUAAAGACUUCAUUCACGAACGCUUUGAUAACGAGACCUUCCGCAUCAGCGUCUACCAGGUGCUGGAGGAACAUUCUGACAGAGAGUCUGACCUGUUUCUCCUGGACUCACGGGUCAUCUGGGCCGCAGAGGAGGGCUGGUUGGUUUUUGACGUGACGGCGACCAGCAACCACUGGGUCCUGAACCCAGGGAGAAAUCUGGGUUUACAGUUGGCUCUGGACGGCACAAACGGAGAAAGCAUUAAUCCUCGCAUGGCAGGAUUGAUUGGUCGAAAUGGGCCACAGAACAAACAGCCCUUCAUGGUGGCCUUCUUCAAAGCCACUGAGGUACACCUGCGAAGCAUUCGCUCAGCACAGGGGGGCGCCAAGCAGCGUAACCCUAAUCGCUCCAAAGGGGCCAAGAGCCAAGAAGCACUGCGAGUGGCCAACAUUGCAGAGAACAGCAGCACUGAUCAAAAGCAGGCGUGCAAGAAGCACGAGCUCUACGUCAGCUUCCGAGACCUCGGGUGGCAGGACUGGAUCAUCGCCCCUGAAGGAUACGCAGCAUACUACUGCGAGGGCGAGUGCGCCUUCCCGCUCAACUCCUACAUGAACGCCACAAACCACGCCAUUGUGCAAACCCUUGUUCACUUUAUCAACCCGGACACGGUUCCCAAGCCAUGUUGUGCUCCCACGCAGCUCCACGCCAUCUCAGUGCUCUACUACGACGACAGCUCCAAUGUCAUCCUUAAGAAGUACCGCAACAUGGUGGUCAGAGCUUGCGGCUGCCACUAGACAAGACGAUGGCCACCUUCAAGCACAGACACACAAGUAGUCAGACACCAGCCUGACAACCUUUGGUGUCAGGACAAGCCGUCCAAAAUCAACAAUCUUGUGUAUUUUCAGUUGUUUUAGUUCCUUCUUUUGCUGUAGAUGUUUAUUUCUUGCGUGAGAACCCGGAUGCAAGUUAGGAAUUUAUGAACUGUACAAUAAUAUGUAAAUAAUAUGUGUCAAACAAAGCAAAAUGUAUAUUUAUUUCCUGAAAUGUCAGUCAGGUUUUAUGUGUUUAGUUUAUUUGCUGACUGCUUGCUGUCCCACACAGACACAAAGUGAAACGUAUUUCAUUAAUGGUGGUCACAACGUACACCUGAAAGACGUUACCACUAAUUGUCGGGAUGGCGGAGGAAUGGGCUUUUGUGUUGUUGACAUGUUCAGGUUUCUAUUCUUCUGCUGUAAUAAAAAUAUGUCAGAUUUAA